AUGCGCAUCCGCAAAGCUCCCGCAGGCGCCUUCGUGGUAAUAUGCCUGCUUGCUUCUGCUGCCGGCUUCGGCCGCUCGCAGCUGCCGCAGUACAAGCAGAGUGACAAGGUCCUGCACUGCGUCACUUUUUUCCUACUGACCCUAUGUUUCUACUGGAUCGUAGAAACAAACCGCCGUCGCCUCAUCCAGAUGACGCUGUUCACCUGCACGCUGGGCCUCGGCAUCGGCUCCGAAAUCGUCCAAGGCCUGCUUCCCAAUGACCGCAACUUCGACCCUUUCGACAUCCUAGCCAACAUCGUCGGGUCCGUCGCCGCCGUGCUGCUCAGCAGCUGGUACCACAAACGCAUGCUCGAGCGAAAGCGCCGCAACAAGCAAUACCAAGCCGUCCCCGGCGACGAUGUCGACGUCGAGCUAGGCGAGAACAUGCGCGGCGGCGACGAUGGCGUUGGCGACGGUGGCCAGGAAUCCGGCGUUGUCCGUGAAAACAUGACGGUGGAAGAGGAGCUCGACAAUUGGGACGAGAACGCCGAGGACGAGUGGGCGCCUGAGGAACCCAACGGUGGCGCCGACACCGCACAAGCCGGAAAGACCGACGCUGCAGCGGAGCAGAGCCACAAGAAGCGAGAUGACUGA